ACAGACCCCAGAUCUGGAAGGGGGCUGGCCACACUGGGAUCUCUGGGUGGGGCCGUCUGGGCAGGUCUGGGGUCUGAGACGGGAUUUCUGGACCUAACAAUGGAGCUCAGGAGCUCCAGCAAGCUGUGCUCUGCAGGGAGCCCAGGUCAGGUUCAGAGAGGAGCUGCCAGGGAUCCUGCAACACCCGCCCCACCACUGCUCUCCUCCAGCCCCCAGUUCUAGCACCUUGGUCCAAGAGAGACUUCCUUUGAGAAACCCACUGGCCCUCCCUUUUCUGCCACCUCUAAAGCUCUGCUCAAAGCAUCUUUGUUUGAGGCUGGUCCUGUAAAGCCACAGCCCCGCCUUGGUCCUGUUAAUUACUCCCUGGCUAAGCCUUGCUCUCUCCUGGACCUUUAAGACCCUAAGCCCCUCCCCCAACUCCAGUCAGCAGGGAGGGCACCAGGCUGUGAGUACCAGCGUCCAUGUCCUGGGCAGUGCCACCCUUACCUAGCCCAGCUCUGAAGACAAAAUGAGGGUGGCUUCCUGUCUCCAGGUCCUGCUCCUUUUGGUGCCGGGAUCUGCUGGGACUCCGGGAAGGAAGUCUGCAGCCUGCGGGCAGCCCCGCGUGUCCAGUCGGAUCGUGGGGGGCCGGGAUGCCCAGGAUGGAGAGUGGCCGUGGCAGGCGAGCAUCCAGCAUCGUGGGGCACACGUGUGCGGGGGGUCGCUCAUCGCGCCCCAGUGGGUGCUGACAGCGGCGCACUGCUUCCUCAGGAGGGCACUGCCAGCUGAGUACCGCGUGCGCCUAGGGGCGCUGCGUCUGGGCCCCACCUCGCCCCGCACGCUCUCAGUACCUGUUCGACGGGUGCUGCUGCCCCCGGACUACUCUGAGGAUGGGGCCCGCGGCGACCUGGCACUGCUGCAGCUGUGUCGUCCAGUGCCCCUGAGCACCCGCGUCCAGCCCGUCUGCCUGCCCAUUCCCAGCGCCCGCCUGCUGCCUGGCACAAUGUGCUGGGUCACUGGCUGGGGCAGCCUCCACCCAGGAGUGCCCCUCCCAGAGUGGCGACCGCUGCAGAAAGUAAGGGUGCCACUACUGGACUCUCGCACCUGCGACCGCCUCUACCACGUGGGCGCUGACAUGUCCCGGGCCGAGCGCAUUGUGCUGCCCGGGAGCCUGUGUGCCGGCUACCCCCAGGGCCACAAGGACGCCUGCCAGGGUGAUUCUGGAGGACCCCUGACCUGCCUGCAGGCUGGGAGCUGGGUCCUGGUAGGCGUGGUGAGCUGGGGCAAGGGUUGUGCCCUGCCCAACCGUCCAGGUGUCUACACCAACGUGGCCACAUACAGCCCCUGGAUUCGGGCUCACGUAAGCAUCUAAUGCUGGCCCGUGAGGCUGACCUGGAGCCAGCUGCUGGGGUCCCUCAGCCUCCUGGUUCAUCGGAGACCCUCCCAUACCCCAGAUCCCUUCUGCCUUGAGGCCAAGAUGCCUAAUAAAGCUAAAGGCCACCCCACUCCCCUGCCCACCACCUCCUGCUUCCUCUCCUUUUUGGGGCUCAUCAGAUCUGACUCCACCAACCCUCAUCCGGGGAUCUGCCAUGCGUCCCAGGGGUCACACUUCUUGCUCCCUUCCUGGCUUGUAUUUAGUUUUCUCAGCCCUAGCCAGGGCUGGGAGCAAGGCACGCAGCAGUGGGCAAACCAGUUGCUACCCAUCUGGCCUGUGUGCCCAUCUUUUUCUGGAGAAAGUCAGAUUGACAGCAUGACAGAGAUUUGACAACAGGGAGAUCCUCCACAGCUGGCUUUGAAGACAGGGGACCACAUCCUGUGAGCAGCCUCUAGGAGCUGAGAGCAGCCCCUGCCAAUAGCCGGCAGGGAAUUGGAGCCCUCAGCCGCAAGGCACUGGAUUCUGGCAGCACCCCAAAGUAGUUGGGAAGUGAGUUCUUCCCCAGCCUCCAGAUAAGAGCCCCGCCGGCCAAUCCCUUCAUUUCAACCUAAUGAGACCCUUAGGCAGAUAACCUAGCUGAGCCACCCGGACUCCUGACCUACAAAAUAAAGACGUGUUUUAAGCUGC